UGCCUGCUGGAAACAUGCUGCAAGCCCACAGAUAAGGCAGAGGUUCUCAGCCCAGCACACUCACACACACGCAGUCAGACAUGGGCCAGCUACUUAGCUGGAUCCGAGGCCCACGGGACGCCCCGGCCCUGCAGGAUGCGUCUGUGGAGGAGCAGUCGCAGCCGAGUCAGGCAACACCCAAACCGGCACCUCAGGUCUCUGCUGGGAAGCCUGCGCAGUUUGAGAAGGCCUCAUCAGGAUCUGCCAUGGCCUCAAAGCCUGGGAAGGUUGCCACAGCAACAGGCGAGGCUACAGGAAGUGGGCUGGCAGCAGGGAAACAGACGGCUAAAGCUAAACCAGAGACUGCAUCCCAAGUCAAGAGCUCGGCUACAGUUCCUUCUCCUGCAGCUGGAUCCGCAGCUGUCGCUGGAACGGCAGCAGCAGCGUCCUCUACAAAACCUAAAGAGUCGCUCAAAGACUCCGCUAAGGUUCAGGUGGAAGUUCCCUCUGUAGCUCCAGUAGCCAAACAGGCUGCUCCUGUAGAUCCCUUGGACGCCCUGGCAAGCAGCCUACCUGCACCUGACCCCGUUGCCCCCUCUAAGCCGUCUUUCACAGGCCCAGAGGUCAAAGAGCAUGACAUCACAGCUGAGGAAGGUCACAAGUGUGGAGUACUUGACAGCACGCUGCCUCCAGGCUACAGAUUUGAAAAUGUGGCUCCACCUGCUGCAAAUGUUAAACCCAAGGAUGUGCCUAAACCACUGAGCACAGACGAAGCCCUGGACUCUCUUUCAGCGGGUUUCACGACGUCCACUGAACCACCAGCAGCCAAAAAGCAGGAGAAAGCAGUAACUCCUGCCAACGUUCCUCCAGUUGCUGUGUCUCCUUCUCCUCCUGCUGAUAAAAAACCCAAGUUGGAGAAAGUUUCAGAUGAUUUCUCACUGGAAGCUGCAGUAACAUCAGCUGUCGUGAAAGCUGCUCCUCCUGCUGCUGUGAGUCAGGCUCCUCCUCCCGAUAAGAAGACCAAAGUGGAGAAAGUAUCUGACAAGAAUGGAGCUCCUCCUGCUUCCUCCACGAAGUCUGUCCCUCCUAUUGCUGUGUGUCCCGCUCCUCCUGCUGAUAAGAAAGCAAAAAUGGAAAAAUCUAAUGCGGGAGGCUCUACAUCUCUUGAUGCUCUCAGCGCUCUUGGUGACAUGUUACCCAAGGAUGAGCCAAAACCAGAACCUCCCAAAGUCAGACCAGAAGAUGUUGUCUCGGAGAAGGUCAAAGCGGAGAAGGGUGUUCGUGUUGGAGAAAGGGAGGACUCUCUUCCUCCUGACUACCGGUUCAAAAAGGAAGAUGUCAAAAAUCUACCUGCACCUGAACCUGAGUCGCCUAUGGCAACAGGUGAUGCUCUGGACAUUUUAUCAGGAGAUUUCAUGACCUCAUCAGCAGCUCCUGUUGUGUCCUCCUCUGCUGCACCUGUACAGAAAGCUCCUGCGCCCCCUGCUGGUAAGAAAGACAAAACAAAAGCCCCUUCUGGUGAUCUCUCUCUGGAGGAAGGACUGUCUGCUUCUACAGCAAAGAAAGUGGAAUCUCCUGUACGUCCUCCUGUGGCUGUGUGCCCCGCUCCUCCUGAUGCUAAAAAAGCAGCAAAAGAGAAAGCCAAGCCUGAUCAGGGUGACUCUUUGACUCUGGAUGCUCUGGGCGCUCUCGGUGACACAUUACCAACAGCUGAUAAACCAAAACCUGAAGCCCCCAAACUCAAACCUAAGCAAGUUGUGAAGGAGGAUAUCAAGUCAGAGACGGGUGUUUAUGUCGGAGGGAAGAAUUGUCCUCUUCCUCCAGGCUACACGUUCAAUAAGGAAGAUGUCAAAGACCUUCCUGCACCUGAACCUGAGCCCAGCAUGGAUCCAGCUGACGCUCUGGACUUUCUGUCUGGAGACUUCACCUCAUCCUCAGCAGCUGCAUCAGUCCAGGCUCCUGCAGCCCCUAAAGACCUUCCUGCACAGAAGAAAGAAGGAGAUUCUUCAGCUGUGGACCUGCUUUCUGCUGAUUUUGUGGCUCCGUCUAAAACAUCUGCAGUUCAGGCUUCUGCUCCUGCUCCCAAAAAGCAGAAACCAGAGGGUGACUCUUUGACUCUGGAUGCUCUGAGCGCUCUCGGUGACACAUUACCAACAGCUGAUAAACCAAAACCUGAAGCCCCCAAACUCAAACCUGAGCAAGUUGUGAAGGAGGAUAUCAAGUCAGAGACGGGUGUUUAUGUCGGAGGGAAGAAUUGUCCUCUUCCUCCAGGCUACACGUUCAAUAAGGAAGAUGUCAAAGACCUUCCUGCACCUGAACCUGAGCCCAGCAUGGAUCCAGCUGACGCUCUGGACUUUCUGUCUGGAGACUUCACCUCACCCUCAGCAGCUGCAUCAGUCCAGGCUCCUGCAGCCCCUAAAGACCUUCCUGCACAGAAGAAAGAAGGAGAUUCUUCAGCUGUGGACCUGCUUUCUGCUGAUUUUGUGGCUCCGUCUAAAACAUCUGCAGUUCAGGCUUCUGCUCCUGCUCCCAAAAAGCAGAAACCAGAGAAAACAGUGUGUCCUAUGGAGCAGCACCUCACACUCGACGUCCUCCCUGCUCUACCACAAGAAACAAAACCCAAGGAGGAGAAAGGAGCUGGUGACUCUUUGACUCCAGAUGCUCUGAGCGCUCUCAGUGACACAUUACCAACAGCUGAAGACGAAAAACCUGAAGCCCCCAAACUCAAACCUGAGGAAAUAGUAAAAGAGGACGAGGUAAAAGAGGAGAAAGGUGUGCGAGUUGGUGAGCGAGAUGACGCACUUCCUCCAGAACACAGACAUAAGAAGGAGGAGCUUAAAGAGCAGCCUGCUCCAAAGAAAGAGGAUUCUGUGGAUGAUAAAACAGUGGUGGACUUCCUCUCUGCGGACUUUUCUGGUCCCGCCCAGCCUCCUGCGCCACCUUCUUCAGCCACACCAAAGCUGGAACCCCCUGAGCUGCACUCAGAGCCCCUGAAGCCAAUGGCUGGUGACACUCUGGACUCCCUCGCUGGUACGCUGCUGCCAGAAGCACUCCAGGCUAAAACUACUCAAGCUGAAGCGGAGGCGUCUGCCGCUGACCUGCUUUCGGCUCAGCUCAGCUCAGAUGUUGUGGCCACAAAAAAGGAAGGCAAGAGUUAGUUCACCUGAUUGGGGGUGUGGUCUGUCCACUGGGGCACAGAGGGCACAUCGCUGAGGGGGGGGGAGCUGCUCCUUGCGUAGUAAAUCUAUUUUUCUAAACUGUCACGAAUGUACUUGGGUUCCCCAACACAUUUGCAGGUGUCACCUUGGUUUUUUGUAUCACAAAGUUUAGGCAUUUUCGAUUUCAUGUGAAACUUUAGGUCUUUCACAACGACCCGGGCAGAAAAGAUGAGUGAAGAGACAAAGAAGUUUAAAAUAAAUAUGGAUAUAUAUAUUUCUAGAGCUGGAAAUCUUGCAUCUACAUCUCAGAUGGCAAUCUUAAGUGACACACUAAUAUCACAACACACCGGUUAUGUCAACACGGUGGGGUUGUGGUGUAUGGGGGGGCUGUCAGCACGUGGGGGAGCAGUAUGGAGUGUGUGCGUGUGUGUUUUGUGUCAGAAUGUUUGUGCAAUCUUAAUGUUGUGCUCAGAGACAAGUGUACAGCGGGGUUUGCAUAUAUUUUGAACAAAGCUAUUAUUUUUUUUCGUUCUCCUGCUGUCCGAAGAAAAAACAUCUGUUCAAGGAAGGGUGUGCUGUGUAUGUGAAGCCUUACAGGGAAAAAAAAAUAAAAACUCAGCAAGUGCACUUUGUAAAACUAUUUUUUUUUUUUUUUUUUUACAGAUUUUGCAAAUUGCCACUGUUUACAAUUUGCAGAACACAAAACUGUAAAUGGGCAGGUUUUAUCUGUAAAGUCACAACUUCCAAAUAUUAGGAGACUCUUUAAUUGAAACAAACUAUUACAUGAACUGCCUCAAGAUAAUUGGCAAAUAUGAUCUUUAAGGUGCAAGGGAAAUGUGUGUGUGGGUGUGUGUGUUUGUGUGUGUGUGUGCAUUAAAAAUCGAGGUAAAAGAAAGAAGUCGUUCUCUAGUCCUGAUGCGUGGUUUCCCACCCGGCUUACGGUUGAAGCAACCCACUUCCUUUUGACAAAUGUUUAAACAAAUGUCUGUUUCUCAAAUACAGUUUUGUUCUAAGAACUUUAUUGUGACUGAUGGGUAAGCAAUGGAUCGUUCUUAUGUGUGCAAAAUAAAGGACAUCACAACUCACUACAACA